AAACCGCCUGCUCCGCCUCGAGUCACAGAAGUGCCCGCCGCGCCAAGCAAAAAGUGUUUACUUCUGCCGCCUGCCAGCCCGGGGGGAGGAGGCAGCUCCCUAGCCGCCCCUCUCUUUCGCCCCUGCAGCUUUCCAAAAAAACCGGGGCGGGAAGGGAGUGUCUCCUUGGCUGUGGAACCUGAUCCUCCUGCCUCGUCCAAAGCCACCCGCCGCUUUCCCCGGGCCCUCCCCCGGUGAUUUUCCUGUCCGGGACGCCCGGGGAGGGCGCGCGGCUGGAGUCCCGCCAGCAGGAAAGGUGGGCCAGCCAUGAGAGGGUACCUUGUGGCCAUCUCGCUGAGUGCCGUCUUCCUCUAUUAUGUGCUGCAUUGUAUAUUGUGGAGAACAAAUGACUACGGGGUGACACCUAUGGACAUGAAGCAAAGGAGUAAGAUCCAGCCUUGUUCAUCAAAGCCAGCUUUUGCCUCUCUCCUGAGGUAUCAUCAGUUUCACCCUUUUCUGUGUGCAGCUGAUUUUAAAAAUACUGUUUCCUUCUACGGUAGCGAUAAGUUUGAUUUGCCCUAUGGGAUAAGAGCAUCAGCCACAUACUUUCGACUUGCUCUUUCGAAACUGCAGAAUUGUGGUCUCUUUGAUGAGUUUGACAAUGUGCCGUGUAAGAAGUGUGUGGUGGUUGGUAAUGGAGGAAUUUUGAAGAAUAAGACAUUAGGAGAAAAAAUUGACUCAUAUGAUAUAAUAAUAAGAAUGAAUAAUGGUCCUGUUUUAGGACAUGAAGAGGAAGUUGGAAGAAGGACUACCUUCCGACUUUUUUAUCCAGAAUCUGUUUUUUCAGAUCCUGAUCACAAUGACCCUAAUACUACGGUGAUUCUCACUGCUUUUAAGCCUCUUGAUUUAAAGUGGCUGUGGGAAUUGUUGACAGGUGGCAAAAUAAACCCUAAUGGUUUUUGGAAGCAACCAGCUUUAAAUCUGAUCUAUAAACCUUAUCAAAUCAGAAUAUUAGAUCCUUACAUCACCAGAAUGGCAGCUUAUGAACUGCUUCAUUUCCCGAAAGUGUUUCCCAAAAAUGAGAAACCCAAACACCCAACCACAGGCAUUAUUGCCAUUACCUUGGCAUUUCACAUAUGUCAUGAAGUUCAUCUUGCUGGCUUUAAGUACAACUUUUCUGACCUCAAGAGUCCUUUGCACUACUAUGGGAAUGCCACCAUGUCUUUGAUGACUGAGAAUGAAUAUCACAAUGUCACUGCGGAGCAGCUCUUUCUGAAGGACAUUAUAGAAAAAAACUUUGUAACCGACUUGACCCAACAGUAACCCUACAGACUCAGAAGAUAAUGCUAACAGUAUUUUUAUUUUUAUACUGCAAUUUUUAGUUUAUUUUUAAAUAUGUUGGAUGUACUUGUCAAGAAAUUAUGUGUAUUAAGUCUCUUGCUGCCUGGUGAUUCAUAACCACCAGCUUAAUUUCUGUGAAUAUAUUUAAUUUAUGGAAACCAAGACGUUAAGAUAUCAGGGAAAGUGAACUUUUCAUUGCAUUGUUUAAAAAUAAGCUAGUUUUCUGAGGUGUUUUUAACUAUAGUUAGUUCAUCUUAGACUUCUGAAGGGCUGUGACUUCCUAGUAAGUCAGGGGGUUUAAGUUUACUACGACAGAUUUUGAAUGUAACAGGACAUUUUGAGAGGUUCCUCUGGCUAGUGUAAACUGGUGGGAACUGGUGUGCGGCAGUUCCUUGAUGUAGUGUGCUGGACCCACUUCAGGUGUUACACCUGAGGAGCCGGACUGGAAUCUUAAACCAGACCUGAAGCGUGACUGGUUAUGGAAAUCUAAGAUCAUACUGGCUGAAUUAAGCAUUUUUCUCCUGCAGUUAAGUAAACCAUGAUUAUGAUCAGUAGUUUGGUAGAAUGAAGAUUUUUUUUUUUUCAAGUCAAAAGAAACAGGAUAAACACAAAACUCUGGAUAAGUAAAUAACCAAAGACUGCAAUUCUUCACGUCUGGUGAUUUCAUUAUGUUUUCGAAGCUUAUUUGAAGUAGAGUAAAAAAGACAAGACAAGAAACAAAGAAGACAAGAACAAGUAAACCUUUAAGAGUCGAGCUGUUUCUGGAUUUCAGUGGCACUUUGAUGACAAGACCAGCUGUCCACAUGAGUCAGUCACAUCUUCAAAUGGAAAGCUUACCUAGGGUGCGCCAGAAAAGACUUGUGGGAUGCAGACAAGCCAGGUGGACUGAAGUGGUGAGCCAGUCUCCCUUUUUAAUGACUAUAACCAAAGGUUAUGGGGACGGAGGGGGACAGUGGGUGAAGACAGCAGUAGAAGUUACUUGGCGAGAAUCAAAAGCUGUCAGAAGAGGUAUGUAUAGAAAGAAUUGGUAUCACUGACAACCUGCCUCUCUAAAGAGGGUGUAUAAAUAUUGGGUCAGAAACAGGAAUAAAUGACAUACUUGAAAGUGGCGUUGGGGGAGAAAACUAGUGGUUGAUUGGACUCAGACCCACAUGCUGGGUAUGGACUCUGUGCUGUUAGCCCCAGCAUAUGUUCCCACAUACCAGUCUCGUUUGAUCCUUCUGAAAACUCGGGUGGAAAAGGCAGAGCUGAUCAUCCCCUCACACCACACAGCCAGGGGCCACAGCUAGACUGGAUGCUGAGUCUGGUUUCAGAGAGGAUGGUGCGGUCUACAGAAAAAGUUAAAAGUCAAACACUAAUGGUGGCAUUUUCAAAUGUUCUCAAAUGUAAAUACUAUAAACACUGGCCAUAACAUUUCUGACUGACCUUAAAAUUGAGGAAUCUGGUGUUUUGUAUAGUACGAGAAUGGUUACAAACCUCAAGGUUUAAGGAAAAAAAAAAAAGGAACAAGAUACAUAUAUACAAUUUAUUAAAAACACACGAACACAUUAAAAUCUCACUAUUUAUACAAUCAAAUUCUAGCAACAUAUACAAAUAUUGAGUGACUACAGUACAUGCCGAGGUAAGGAAAGUACAUUCUGGGAGAAUAUCACUGACACGCAAAGCCAUUUUUAUUUCCAAUACGUAUUUCAAUAUAUGUUUUGUUUCUACCUUUCCCAGUGCCAAAAAAGAAGAGGAGGAGAUGAGAAGAAGAAACUAGUUACAAGUUGGAUUAUAUGAGAACUGAUGCCACAGUUGACCUAAAAAUAUCCAACUCUUAGAUAUUGCAGUUUAGGGAUUUCAAGUUCAGAACCAAAAGGCAUAGCCAGUAGGUAAAUUUUUCUUUUUUAAAUAAACAGAACUUCACUGAUUUCUCUUAAGAGGGUUGAGAAGCUUUUAUUGUCCCACCUAAUCUAGUUGUUCUUUCUAAUCCUAUUAUCUGACAUGGUGUUUUUCUAUAACCCUCUUGCUCUCCAGGUAACAAUGUGGAGCCCAGGGAAAGAGGUUCAAGCUUUAUUACAUUCCACAGAAUUAUGGCCACAUUCAUAUUUAAAUAAGCUCAUUUUCUGCUCCCUCUUGUGGGUGGGAGGGAGAAGGGCAAAUGUGUACAUAACAUAAUUUCAAUUACUGUAUAAAUCUUCUACUCGAACCAUUUCAACAGCAAAUAAACCCAUUGUUCAAUGCAAAGUGCAAAUAGCGAAACGUGAACUUAAAUAACUGGGCUAGACCCUGCAUACACAAAUAGGAUCUCUCUAGAUUUACAGCUUUUAAUACAAUAUAAAUCAGCAUUCACAAUAUCUCACCUUUAACUGUGCUGGUUCCUAAAAUCAAGUAACAGUGAAGUCAGUGUAAUUUUAUGAAACCUUAAGGGCCAUAUUUCCUGUGCCAUGGUCUGACUCUAUUUUUAUAACUGCAUUAACAGGAAAAAAUUUAACCCAGUAAGUCACAGUGACUUUUUUUUUUCCUACAUGUUUCAAGCAAAGAAUAAAAAAAUCAAGGGAAUUUUGUAAAAAAUGGUUACCUUCACAUUUUCAGUUGUUACUUGAUUGUCUCCAAAGCUGUAUAUAUAUCAGACAUAGUAAAGUUUAAAAAAAAAAA